AUGGGCGCCAAUCUCUCGUCCACCUUUGUCCCCGACACGUCAAAGGUCGUCCUCUCGCCCAUUGACCGUCACGCGGAUAUCCUCAUGGCCGUCGUCUGGCUGCUCUCCCUCCACGGCUGCGCCGUCAUCUUCACCACCUGCGCCCUCGUCGACCGCUGGAAGGGCCCGGCGGACAAGACACGCGUCGACGCAGGCUCCGUCGUCACCGCCCUGCUUCUAUCCACCGCCUGGCCCGUCGUCCUCCUCUACCUCUUCCUUGCCGACUAG